AUGGCUGACGCCGACAAGCCUGAGGUGGUUAGGGCCGCUGGCGACGACAGCCCGCAUCGGCAGCCCUCGGAGCCGCCGGGCGAGCCCCGGCGAGAACCUCACCCGCCCGAGCAGGAGAAGCAGCCUCCGCAGCACAGCAGCAGCUCCAAUGGCGUUAAAAUGGAGAAUGAUGAAUCAGUCAAAGAAGAGAAAUCUGAAUUAAAAGAAAAAUCUACAGGGAAUAAGAAGGCCAAUAGAUUCCAUCCUUAUUCAAAAGAUAAGAAUUCAGGCACUGGAGAAAAGAAGGGUCCAAAUCGUAACAGAGUUUUUAUUAGCAACAUCCCAUAUGACAUGAAAUGGCAAGCUAUUAAAGAUCUAAUGAGAGAAAAAGUUGGUGAGGUUACAUACGUGGAGCUCUUUAAGGAUGCGGAAGGAAAAUCAAGGGGUUGUGGUGUGGUUGAAUUCAAAGAUGAAGAAUUUGUCAAGAAAGCACUAGAGACAAUGAACAAAUAUGAUCUUAGUGGAAGACCGUUGAAUAUUAAAGAGGAUCCUGAUGGAGAAAAUGCUCGUAGGGCAUUGCAACGAACAGGAGGAUCAUUUCCAGGAGGACAUGUACCCGAUAUGGGGUCGGGAUUGAUGAAUUUACCGCCUUCCAUUCUCAAUAAUCCAAACAUUCCUCCUGAGGUUAUCAGUAAUUUGCAGGCUGGUAGACUUGGUUCCACAAUUUUUGUUGCUAAUCUUGACUUCAAAGUUGGUUGGAAGAAGCUAAAGGAAGUGUUCAGCAUAGCUGGAACUGUAAAGCGGGCAGAUAUUAAAGAAGACAAAGAUGGCAAGAGCAGAGGAAUGGGCACAGUCACUUUUGAACAAGCAAUUGAAGCAGUUCAAGCAAUUUCUAUGUUCAAUGGGCAGUUUUUGUUUGAUAGACCUAUGCAUGUGAAAAUGGAUGACAAGUCUGUCCCUCAUGAAGACUACCGGUCACAUGACAGUAAAGCGCCGCAGUUGCCACGUGGUCUUGGAGGCAUUGGAAUGGGACUUGGUCCAGGUGGACAACCUAUUAGUGCCAGCCAGUUGAACAUAGGUGGUGUAAUGGGAAAUUUAGGUCCAAGUGGUAUGGGAAUGGAUGGUCCAGGUUUUGGAGGAAUGAAUAGAAUUGGAGGAGGAAUUGGGUUUGGUGGUCUGGAAGCAAUGAAUAGCAUGGGAGGAUUUGGAGGAGUUGGUCGAAUGGGAGAGCUAUACCGUGGUGCGAUGACUAGUAGCAUGGAGAGAGAUUUUGGACGUGGUGAUAUUGGAAUAAAUCGAGGCUUUGGAGAUUCCUUUGGUAGACUUGGCAGUGCAAUGAUUGGAGGGUUUGCAGGAAGAAUAGGAGCUUCUAACAUGGGUCCAGUAGGAUCUGGAAUAAGUGGUGGAAUGGGUGGCAUGAACAGUGUGACUGGAGGAAUGGGGAUGGGACUGGAUCGGAUGAGUUCCAGCUUUGAUAGAAUGGGACCAGGUAUAGGAGCUAUACUGGAGAGAAGCAUCGAUAUGGAUCGAGGAUUUUUAUCGGGUCCGAUGGGAAGCGGAAUGAGAGACAGAAUAGGCUCCAAAGGCAACCAGAUAUUUGUCAGAAAUCUGCCUUUUGACUUGACUUGGCAGAAACUAAAAGAGAAAUUCAGUCAGUGUGGUCAUGUAAUGUUUGCAGAAAUAAAAAUGGAGAAUGGAAAGUCAAAAGGCUGUGGAACGGUCAGAUUUGACUCCCCAGAAUCAGCUGAAAAAGCCUGCAGAAUAAUGAAUGGCAUAAAAAUCAGUGGCAGAGAAAUUGAUGUUCGCUUGGAUCGUAAUGCAUAAUUUGAAACCACGGUUGGAACAUUCUUACAUCUGUUUUGCUGAA